UCCUCGAUUUUCGAUCGUGACAUGAUGCUUGAGCCUUCUGGAAAAUUUCAAACUCUCUCACUGUCUCGAUCGUGAAAAUAAUUAACAGUCUGAUUAUUUUUUUGACACUCGACACAUUUAUUUUGCAGCAAGAAGUACCGAUAUCCAGGUUGAUAAAGUCAAGUGGCUCGUGUAUAUCUAACAAGAAGAAUUACUGUGGACAUAUUUACUGCGAGCAGACGAGAAAUUAGAGUACAAUGAAGAUGAUGGCAGUCCCGGCUAAGCACACUCUUCACAGUGGAAUUUUUCAUCCUGUCCUACGAGAGUGGCAGUCGCCAAAUGUUGAGAUUACUGUUAAUAAUCUCAUGUAUCCAAUAUUUGUUUCAGAUGAAGAAAAUGCUAAAGAACCUAUUAACAGCAUGCCUGGUGUAUACCGCUAUGGGAUUAAUCAAUUAGAAAAGAUGUUGCAACCUCUGGUUGCAAAAGGUUUACAGUCUGUUUUAUUAUUUGGGGUCUCACAACAUCUUGAAAAGGACGAGAUUGGAAGCAAUGCCGAUAGUAUAAGGAAUCCUGUUAUUCAAGCUCUAUCGUUAUUGCGAGAAAAGUUCCCUACUUUAUUAAUAGCAUGUGAUGUUUGCUUAUGCGCGUAUACAAAUCAUGGACACUGUGGUAUUCUUAACAACGAUGGUAGCAUAAAUAACUCCAGCAGCAUCCAACGGAUCGCUGAAGUUGCUGUAUCGUAUGCAAAAGCUGGCGCGCAAAUUGUUGCACCGUCUGACAUGAUGGAUGGUAGGGUGAGUGCAAUAAAGCACGGUCUAGCCGCUGCUGGAUUGUCAAAUAAAGUGGCAGUCCUGUCAUACGCUGUAAAGUUCGCGUCAGGACUUUACGGGCCUUUCCGAGACGCGUCGCAGUCUGCACCAAAGUUCGGCGAUCGCAAGUGCUACCAGUUGCCUCCUGGUAGCAACGGAUUGGCAGCCAGGGCUGCUGCAAGAGACGUGAACGAAGGAGCGGAUAUGCUAAUGGUAAAACCAGGAUUGCCUUAUUUGGACGUGGUGCGACAUACGAAGGAUGCGCAUCCAGAAUAUCCUAUAUUUGUGUAUCAAGUGUCGGGAGAAUACGCUAUGCUGUAUCACGGUGCACAAAACGGCGCGAUAAACUUAGAAAAUGUACUCAACGAGAUAUUGCUCUCUAUGAGAAGAGCGGGCGCUGAUUGUAUCAUAACAGCUCUACUAAUAGUGGGACUGUUGUCAGUCGCCACAAUUGCGAAAGAGGAUAAAGAGAAGGAAGAUAUCGGCACAGUAAUAGGAAUUGAUCUGGGCACAACUUAUUCUUGUGUUGGCGUUUACAAAAACGGCCGUGUGGAGAUCAUCGCCAACGAUCAGGGUAACCGAAUCACGCCUUCUUACGUGGCGUUCACCAGUGACGGCGAGCGUUUAAUCGGCGAUGCCGCCAAGAAUCAACUGACGACGAAUCCAGAGAACACCGUGUUCGACGCCAAGCGCCUGAUCGGCCGCGAAUGGUCGGAUCCCACUGUGCAGCACGAUGUGAAAUUCUUCCCGUUCCCGGUCAUCGAGAAGAACAGCAAGCCGCAUAUUAAGGUCGACACUAGUCAAGGCGAAAAGGUCUUUGCACCUGAGGAGAUCUCGGCUAUGGUAUUGGGCAAGAUGAAGGAGACCGCCGAGGCCUAUCUCGGCAAGAAGGUCACUCACGCGGUAGUCACCGUGCCAGCUUACUUCAACGAUGCGCAAAGACAGGCCACCAAAGAUGCUGGAACAAUUUCUGGCCUGGUCGUAAUGAGGAUUAUCAACGAGCCGACUGCCGCUGCGAUCGCGUACGGUUUGGACAAGAAAGACGGCGAGAAAAACGUACUGGUGUUUGAUCUGGGCGGCGGCACCUUCGACGUCAGUUUGCUCACAAUCGACAACGGUGUGUUCGAGGUCGUUGCCACUAAUGGCGAUACCCAUUUGGGAGGCGAAGAUUUCGAUCAGCGUGUGAUGGAUCACUUUAUCAAAUUGUAUAAGAAGAAGAAGGGCAAGGAUAUUCGCAAGGACAACCGAGCUGUACAGAAACUGCGUCGUGAAGUCGAAAAAGCCAAACGAGCACUCAGCGCUAGUCACCAGGUCAGGAUCGAGAUUGAAUCGUUCUAUGAGGGCGAGGACUUCUCCGAAACCUUGACUCGUGCCAAAUUUGAGGAGCUGAACAUGGAUCUCUUCCGUAGUACUUUGAAGCCUGUGCAAAAGGUCUUGGAGGAUUCUGACAUGAGCAAGAAAGACGUGGACGAGAUUGUCUUGGUUGGUGGCUCGACUAGGAUCCCGAAAGUUCAACAGUUAGUUAAGGAAUUCUUCGGCGGCAAAGAACCGUCGCGGGGCAUCAAUCCCGACGAGGCCGUCGCUUAUGGCGCCGCUGUACAAGCCGGUGUACUUUCUGGAGAACAAGACACCGAUGCUAUUGUACUUCUCGAUGUUAAUCCUCUUACCAUGGGUAUCGAAACUGUUGGAGGUGUGAUGACUAAACUCAUUCCAAGGAACACGGUCAUUCCAACGAAGAAAUCUCAGAUCUUCUCUACAGCGUCUGACAGCCAGCACACGGUCACGAUUCAAGUAUACGAAGGUGAGCGUCCCAUGACCAAGGACAACCAUCUGCUCGGCAAGUUCGAUCUGACUGGCAUUCCACCGGCGCCACGUGGCAUACCGCAAAUCGAGGUCACCUUCGAGAUCGACGCCAACGGUAUUCUGCAGGUUUCGGCCGAGGACAAGGGCACUGGCAAUCGCGAGAAGAUCGUCAUCACGAACGACCAGAAUCGCUUGACGCCCGACGACAUCGAGCGGAUGAUCAAGGACGCGGAGAAGUUCGCCGACGACGACAAGAAGCUGAAGGAGCGCGUGGAGGCGCGCAACGAUCUCGAAUCGUACGCGUACUCGCUGAAGAACCAGUUGGCCGACAAGGAGAAACUCGGCUCGAAGGUGAGCGACGCGGACAAGACCACGAUGGAGGAGGCUAUCGAGGAGAAGAUCAAGUGGUUGGAGGACAAUCAGGAUACCGAGCCGGAGGAGUACAAGAAGCAGAAGAAGGAGCUCACCGACAUCGUUCAGCCGAUCAUCGCCAAGCUCUAUCAGGGCGCGGGCGGCGGUGUGCCGCCCACCGGUGCAGGCGAGGACGACGAUAUCAGGGACGAACUUUAACUGCAAAUUAGCGACCCGCUCACCUCGGUUCGCGACUCAGACUGAUUACUCGCCUUCCGAGAAGAUACUUUAACAGAAGUGUUGAUAUACAUUUACGAGAGGCUGAGCGCGGUAUAACACACAGCGAGAUCCAUAUUCUCGCCGUACGUUUAGCUGAAAGUGGCUGUCUGGUUCUAAGUUUUACUUAGAUAAUAUGUAGUAUACACUAUCUAAUAACUUUAAGGCUUAGGUUAAGAAAGGCGUUUGAAGCUAAAUGUGCAGUGGGAAUACAAGUCUUCGUACAUAAGUCUUACAUUUGAAAAAAGAAAUGCAAGAAAAUGCUAAUGAUGUUGAGAAAUCGUUAGAUUUCAAGAGAAUGAGAUUCUAGAUCAUGGAUACUUUCUAGAUCUUGACUUUUUUUUCCUUGAUUCUUUUGACGACUCUUGUCGACAUCAUCGAGCAUUUUCGACACUGCGCUCAUUUCUCCCUCUCCUCCCUCCCCGCGACACAAGCAUACUUGACUCCACCGCAUUGUUAAUUUAUUUCGAAUUGUUUUGUAUGUUUUUCCCACUAAGUGUAACAAUCGAAUAAUCGGUUAAUCGUGGAGUUAAAGUGCGUUGAAAAUGAAAACUUGUGAGUAUGCGUAUGUACGACUGAAUGAGAGAGAGAAUGUGAAUGAAGUGCGCGGAGACGCGCGGGCUUGUAACUCGUAUACUGCCAGCGAGUUACAUCGUACUGUGUACAAUGUAGCCGUGUCUACGUGUGAGUGCAACUUUGUGUAUCAGUAACGCAAGAAUAAAGAUUUUUUCAGUAAACCGUAACUUCUGUCGGGAUAUAUCUUGCGGAAUCAUCCCCGCAUUCCGAGAUCUAUCCACAGAUCCUGAGAUUCGAUAUAUAAGUAGACAACACGCAUAUAUUUAAAGUAGCUCAAGAAUUUUAAAAUACGUCCUUGACGCGUGCUAAUAAACAUUCCUGCAGAAUUUGAUAUCGCUUGGUCACGUAGAGAUGUUUAUAGUUUUUCUAUGAAGCAUGUAUACGAGAAGAGUUCUAAAUGCAAACUGAAGUGUUCAGAUUGAAUGUAAGGAUGAAAAAAAAAAAAUAAAAUUUCCG